AGCCUCUUCCUAUCACGCCGGCGCUUUACCCUGGUUUUUUUUUUUUUUUUUCCAUAGCGCACCGGUCCUAUUAAGGCCUUUUUACCGUUUCACGUCGGCUGAGCAGGUCAUGGCCAAGUUCAACGCUCCUGUUAUCCAGGACAACCCGUCGGGAUGGGGUCCCUGCGCCGUGCCGGAGAAGUUCAAGGACAUGCCCUACCAGCCCUUCAGCAAAGGAGACCGUCUGGGAAAGGUCGCCGACUGGACCGGAGCAACUUAUCAGGACAAAAGAUACACCAACAAGUACUCCUCUCAGUUCGGCGGCGGCAGUCAGUACGCUUACUUUCACGAGGAGGACGAGACCAGCUUCCAGCUUGUGGACACGGCCAAGAUGCAGAAGACGGCCUACCAGAGGAACCGCAUGAGGUUUGCGCAGAGGAACCUGCGCAGAGACAAGGACCGCAGGAACCUGACGCAAUUCAAUAUGCAGACGCUGCCCAAGAGUGCCAAGCAAAAGGAGAGGGAUCGUAUGCGCCUGCAGAAGAAGUUUCAGAAGCAGUUUGGCGUCCGUCAGAAGUGGGACCAAAAGUCUCAGGCUCAGCUGAAGCCGCGAGAUUCUUCAGUGGAGGUGCGCAGCGACUGGGAGGUGAAGGAGGAGAUGGACUUCCCGAGACUCAUGAAGAUGAGAUACAUGGAGGUGGCCGACCCCGUGGACAUUGAGUGCUGCGGCGCCUUGGAGUACUACGACAAAGCCUUUGACCGCAUCACCACACGCAACGAGAAGCAGCUGAAGAGCAUCAAGAGGAUCUUCCACACCGUCACCACCACAGACGACCCCGUCAUCCGCAAGCUGGCCAAGACCCAAGGCAACGUGUUUGCCACUGACGCCAUCUUGGCCACCCUUAUGUGCUGCACGCGCUCUGUAAACUCCUGGGACAUCAUUGUGCAGCGGGUGGGCAACAAGCUGUUCUUCGAUAAGCGCGACAACUCGGACUUUGAUUUGCUGACCGUGAGCGAGACGGCCAACGAGCCGCCGCAGGAUGAGGGCAACUCCUUCAACUCCCCGCGUAACCUUGCCAUGGAAGCCACCUACAUCAACCACAACUUCAGCCAGCAGUGCUUGCGCAUGGGCGGAGAGCGUUACAAGUUCCCCACUGGCAACCCCUUUGUGGAGGAGGAUAUGGACAAGAGCGAGGUGGCAUCCGUCGCUUACAGGUACCGCCACUGGAAGCUGGGUGAAGACAUCGACCUGAUUGUCCGUUGCGAGCACGACGGCGUAAUGACGGGCGCCAACGGGGAAGUGUCCUUCAUUAACAUCAAGACCCUCAACGAGUGGGACUCAAGGCAUUGUAACGGCGUAGACUGGCGCCAGAAGCUGGACUCUCAGCGAGGUGCGGUCCUGGCCACCGAGCUGAAGAACAAUAGCUACAAGCUGGCCCGCUGGACCUGCUGCGCCAUGCUGGCCGGCUCGGAGUACCUCAAGCUGGGGUACGUGUCCCGCUACCAUGUGAAGGACUCCGCUCGCCACGUGGUUCUGGGAACCCAGCAGUUCAAGCCCAAUGAGUUCGCCAGCCAGAUCAACCUGAGCAUGGAGAACGCCUGGGGCAUCCUGCGCUGCGUGAUCGACAUCUGCCGCAAGCUGGACGAGGGCAAGUACCUCAUCCUCAAGGAUCCCAACAAGCAAGUCAUCCGCGUCUACAGUCUGCCGGACGGAACCUUCAGCUCCGAUGAAGAGGAGGAGGAAGAAGAGGAUGAAGAGGAUGAAGAAGAAGAAGAUGAAGAAAACUGAAAUAUGGUGCCUGGGGACCAGAAGAGCCUGCCAAUCUCACACACACACACACACACACACACACACCUAUUCAUACACAAAUUUAAUUUCAUAAUCAAUAAAGAUACAAUCGGCCCAACACACAUAUUCAUACACAUACACACAUUUAAUUUCAUAUUCAAUAAAGAUCCAAUUGGCCCUAA